AUGUUCCGCACCGCCCUCCUCCGCACCGCCCGCGGCGCCGCUCGCCCGCUGGCCGCCGCACCGCUCAGUGCGCGCAUCGCCCUACCCCGAGCUGCCGCCGUGCCCAAAAUGCUCGGCGUGAGGAUGUACUCAGCCGCCGGCGGCCUGAAGAAGGAAGAGGUAGAAGGGCGCAUCAUGAGCCUGCUGCAGGGCUUCGACAAGGUCAACGACACUGCCAAUAUCAAGCCGGUCGCCCACUUCGCCAACGACCUGGGCCUCGACUCUCUGGACACGGUGGAGGUAGUCAUGGCCAUAGAGGAGGAGUUUAGCAUCGAGAUCCCCGACAAGGACGCCGACUCCAUCCACUCUGUGGACAAGGCAGUCGAGUACAUUCUCAGCCAACCCGAUGCUCACUAA